UCAGCCCUAUUGGGCUGGAGAUGGGAAGUGCCAGGGGAGGGGCUACUGCUCCAGUCACCACCGGGGGAAGCUGGGAGAUAAUCUGACCCCAGAGUGGGAAGAAACGACUGGAGAGCUGCGGCCAGCAGGGCGAAUCCCAGGAGGAAGAGUCACCCCUUCUCCCAGCCCGGGUCACGGUGGACUUCAGCCUGGAGCCCACCGGAAGAGGCACCGGGAGGAGGGCCAGGGCUUUCCAAUGUGCUGCAGGCAGAGGCACAGCCGGCGCCCAGGGCCAAGGAGGACACAACUUCUGUUCUCCGAGCAGGCACCGGGAGGAGGGCCAGGGCUUUCCAAUGUGCUGCAGGCAGAGGCACAGCCGGCGCCCAGGGCCAAGGAGGACACAACUUCUGUUCUCCGAGCAGCAGGAAGGGACGGCGCAGCACUGGAGACAGCAAGACAACAGCCAAAGACAAAGCAGAAGCCCGGAGGAGACCGAGAGAGGAGGCAAGGGAAGAAUCCGUCCUCGGGAUUCAGGUCAGGAAAUCGGGAGGCAGGGCCGAAUCCACAAGAGGCCUCCGGGCCCUGCUGGUCCUCCCCCAGUCCCUUUAGGUUCAAGGACAGAGCUCCGGAGGCCACCGCCGCGGAGGACAGAGCGACAGGGCUCGCGAUGCUCGUCCGGAACCCGGGCAGGGGAGGGGAGGGCUGCACCAAACUGCUGGGUGCCGAGAAUGAACAGCACGUCCCAGACUGGGCCCUGCUCACCCCACCACGGGCGGUGGCAGAGACUUCGGGAUCGACUCCGAGGCACAAAAGGGCGCAGGCCGCUCUGGAGAGCAUCGCAGCCCGGCCCGGGACCAGCGCAACGCGACCCCCCUACCCGAUUCGCACAGGCGUGGGCGGGGGUCUGGUUCGUCCCGAGCCCGUGAACUUUCUCUGCGACGCCCGUGUCGCCUUAGAAGGUCCUUUCCCGUCCACAGCCCCGGACCGAGGCCUUGCACAGUCGCCAUGA